UCUUACUUCAGGUUCUACCCGACUCAUCCUCCAACGUCUCGACGCCGAACGUGGUGACCGUGCACUGGUGUUCGUCACGUGACGCCGACAUGUGGGUGGCGGGCUUGUUCACGUUUAAAGUCGUCAUGCUUCUGUACGGGCUGUACCUGGCGUGGCAAGUGCGCAACGUCACACUCCCGUCCAUGAACGACGCCAAUCCGAUCAUCAUCACUUCCUUGACGACCAUGGUGAUGGCGACAUUUACGUCAUCCGUGACGACGAUGCUGAGGGCGUGGCCUAACGCAGUCUACGCGUGCGUCAUCUUCGCGAUCUGGUUCUGCAAUGUGGUGGCCAUGAUGGCGGUCUUCUUGCCAAAGGUUCGCCAGUGGAAGAAGACUCCGGACAGGUCUCAGUUCAGGGUGAGCAUCGCCUCCGGCAACAUGGCGUCAGGGCUGCAGUCGUUCGAGCAGGUGGAGGAGGAGCUGUAUCACAUGGUCAAAGAAAACAUCUCCUUACAGAAGUCUCUACAAGAUAAAAAUGAAAACAUCCAAGUUCUUCAGAAACACCUCGACAAUGCCCAGGAGAAGUUAACUCAAAUCAAAGUCAACCAAGAGGGCAAGCAGGACAGUGGCCUUGACCUUUCAUCUUCCAUCAGCCACGAGGACGGCUGCGAGAUCACAGUUCUCCACAAGGACCACUACAACAUUGAGAGUUAUGAGAGCUACAUGGACAUGAAUGGGACAAUAACACAGAGCUGCCAGAAGGCCAAACGACCAUCAAGUCUUUACAGUAUGGCCAGUGUUGCCAGCUUGAGUAAACUCGCCAAGAUAAGAGAUGCAGUCGUGGACGAUAUUUCUCAAGCCAAUGUUCUGGGCUCCAAUCUACGGAAUUCACUCUCCAAGGACAUGGACAAAGCUGGGAAGCGCAGAUCCUGGAUGUACGAUUCAGUCAGAUCGAGGCAGGAGCUGGCUGGUGCUAUAGCAAAAUCAUACAACUUGGAAGACAAUUGCGACACAUAUUCUUACGUCUCCAGUUACCUCCCUUCCUCUAGCUCUCUUUUCCAUAACAAGGAUCCUUAUCACCGUCAUUGUUCUUCUGAUGAAAGUCUGACUACUCUAGCCAAUGACAGGCUGUAUCCAGAGUGUUCUAAGCAGAGGCGCGAGGAGAGAAAUCAGAAAAGACGUAAUUUGAAGCAUGAUGCAAGUAAAAGUGAAAAUACUGUAGAUCAACAUCAGACACAGAUCGAGCCACCAUAUUUAAUAGAAAGUGAUGCCCAGUCGAGAGCUUUACAGAGAGAUACCUUUGUAUAAAACAUUUUGUAUAAAAAUUUUUGUAU